UACCGUCGUUGCUGCACCGGUCAACUUCCUCGUCAGUGACCAUGGCUCCGCCGCCGGCUCACCCUCAGCGAUCUCCCUCUCCCUCCCAACCUUCCGGGAAGAGUGAGGUUACUGAUCUAAGAUCACAACUCCGGCAACUUGCUGGGAGCCGAGCUCCUGGUGCCGAUGAUGCAAAGAGGGAUCUCUUCAAGAAGGUGAUAUCCAACAUGACCAUAGGUAUUGACGUCUCCUCUCUGUUCGGCGAGAUGGUGAUGUGCUCGGCUACUUCGGAUAUUGUUCUAAAAAAGAUGUGCUAUUUGUAUGUUGGGAACUAUGCAAAGGUCAAUCCUGAUCUAGCUCUUUUGACAAUUAAUUUUCUGCAAAGAGAUUGUAAGGAUGAUGACCCGAUGAUUCGGGGACUAGCAUUGAGGAGUUUGUGUUCGCUUCGGGUGGCAAACUUGGUGGAAUAUUUGGUUGGGCCAUUAGGGUCUGGAUUGAAGGAUAAUAAUAGUUAUGUAAGGACUGUGGCAGUUAUUGGGGUUGUGAAAUUGUAUCAUAUAUCAGCUUCCACCUGUUUGGAUGCAGAUUUUCCGGCAACAUUGAAGCACUUGAUGCUUAAUGAUCCGGAUACUCAGGUAGUUGCGAAUUGUUUGUCUGCUCUACAAGAGAUUUGGACCUUAGAGUCAACCUCAUCAGAGGAAGCAGCCAAGGAAAGAGAAACUCUGGUUAGCAAGCCAGUUAUAUAUUACCUCCUGAAUCGCAUUAAGGAGUUUAGUGAAUGGGCACAAUGUCUUGUGCUUGAAUUGGUAGCCAAGUAUAUCCCGUCAGAUAACUCUGAAAUAUUUGAUAUCAUGAAUCUCCUUGAAGACAGACUCCAGCAUGCAAAUGGUGCUGUUGUGUUAGCAACCAGUAAAGUUUUUCUGCACUUGACUUUGUCAAUGGCUGAUGUCCAUCAGCAGGUUUAUGAGCGUAUCAAAGCCCCUCUCUUAACUCAAGUUAGCGCAGGAAGUCCAGAACAAUCCUAUGCAGUUUUAAGCCACCUGCAUCUGUUGGUCAUGCGUGCACCUUAUAUAUUUUCUUCAGACUACAAGCACUUCUAUUGCCAGUAUAAUGAGCCAUCAUAUGUCAAAAAGUUGAAGCUUGAAAUGCUCACUGCAGUUGCAAAUGAAAGUAACACCUAUGACAUUGUGACGGAAUUAUGCGAAUAUGCUGCAAAUGUUGACAUUCCUAUUGCAAGGGAAUCAAUUCGGGCUGUGGGGAAGAUAGCUUUGCAACAAUAUGAUGUUAAUGCUAUUGUUGAUAGGCUUCUACAGUUUCUUGAGAUGGAAAAAGACUAUGUUACUUGUGAAGCUCUGGUGCUUGUGAAAGAUCUGCUAAGAAAAUAUCCACAAUGGAGUCAAGACUGUAUUGCUGUUGUUGGGAAUAUCAGUAGCAAAAAUGUUCAGGAACCUAAGGCUAAGGCAGCUCUUAUAUGGAUGUUGGGCGAAUAUUCUCAGGACAUGCCUGAUGCUCCAUAUGUAUUGGAGAGUUUGGUUGAAAAUUGGGACGAGGAACAUUCUGCCGAGGUUCGCUUACAUCUUCUUACUGCAGUUAUGAAGUGUUUCUUUAAGAGAGCUCCUGAAACUCAGAAAGCAUUAGGGGCAGGUUUAGCUGCAGGUCUUGCUGAUUUUCAUCAGGACGUUCACGAUAGGGCCUUAUUUUACUACAGGCUCCUGCAAUACAAGGUAUCAGUAGCAGAGAGUGUGGUGAACCCCCCCAAGCAAGCAGUUUCAGUGUUUGCUGAUUCUCAGAGCAGUGAAAUCAAAGAUCGCAUAUUUGAUGAAUUCAACAGCUUAUCUGUUAUAUAUCAAAAGCCUUCGUAUAUGUUCACUGACAAAGAACACCGAGGGACAUUUGAGUUUUCAGAUGAACUUGCAAACCUAACAAUUAAUGCAGAAGCUGGAGAUUCUGCUGUUCCAGCUCAGAGAGUGGAGGCAAAUGACAAUGAUCUGCUUCUCAGUAUCACGGAAAAAGAGGAAGGUAGAGAUGCUGCUAGCAAUGGUUCUGCUUAUAGUGCUCCUUCCUAUGAUGGUGCAUCUGCUACUUCUGCAGCUUCACAAUCGCUUGCAGAUUUGGCAUUUUCGAGUACCAGCGGAAGUGGCCAAGCUCCGGCAUCUAGCUUCGCAAUUGAUGAUCUCCUUGGUUUAGAUUUUUCGGUUGGGGCUGCAGCCACACCUACACCUCCUCCGUUGAGUCUCAACCCAAAAGCUGUACUGGAUCCAGGCACAUUUCAGCAGAAAUGGCGCCAACUACCACUAUCCUUAUCCGAAGAUUUUUCCCUGAGUCCUCAAGGAGUUGCAGCUUUGGCAACUUCCAAUGCACUUCUCCGGCACAUGCAAAGCCAUUCAAUACACUGCAUUGCAUCCGGUGGACAGUCUCCUAACUUCAAGUUCUUUUUCUUUGCUCAAAAAGCGGAGUCAGCAUCAAUAUAUCUGGUUGAGUUAUUAAUCAACUCAUCAUCUGCCAAAUCUCAGAUUAAAAUAAAAGCUGAUGACCAAAGUACUUCUCAGGCAUUCUCAACUUUAUUCCAAUCAGCAUUGUCCAAAUUCGGCACUGCUUGAAAUUUAAUCAUUCUGAUCUGUGGAUUAUGUAGUCAUGAAAUUUUGGAAUCCUUGGUUGAAUUUAUAAAACAGUGGAGAUAGAUAUUGGCUCCACAUGCCCUCUACCAGAAAUAAGAGGGGAGCAAAUAGAAAAAUCCCUGAUCAAUGUAUAACAGAAAAUGCAUAAGGAUUUCAGUGGCUAAAUAUUUUUGUAGUUCUUUUCAUCCGAUUGAACGUGAAGAUCCGUUAGCAGAUUUUCAGUUGUAUAAAAUCUGAGUCUGGGUUGUAACUUUGUAGAGGCUUUAUCUUGAUUCUGAGUUUUAUUCAAGCAUUCCUCGUGUUCUAUGGCA